AUGAAAAUCAUCUUGGCAGCCUUGCCCCUUUCCCUCGCCGCCCUUGCGGGAGCGCGCAAGCACAGCUCAGGUCAUUCAGGCCAUCGUCAUCGCAGAGCUAGCGGUGGAUCUGAGGUCUUUUUGGGACCUCCCAGGACGAUUUGCAAUGUGCGGGAGGCCGGCGUCCAGCAGGACUCGGCGCCCCUCAUUAUGGCCGCCUUCGAGAGGUGCCAGAACGACGGGAAGGUCAGUGCGCACAGACCGUGCCUCUAGAGCCGCCUGGGACGUCUCGGAUUAAAGCGUGCGGGACCGCACGCAGGGGAAGCUGAUUCGUACCCGCCUCCGCUUCGGCAGAUUGUCUUGGAUGGCCAUUACCUCGUCAAGAGUCUCCUCUACUCGCCACAUCUCAAGAAUGUCGAGAUUGAGCUGACUGGAACACGUAAGCUCUUCUCCCAUGUCAGAAAUCGCAAUGGGCUCGAUCCUGAACAUGGUCUUGUCGCCAGUCACCUAUUCCGACAAUAUUUCUUACUGGUCAAGGCCCACUAAUAAUACCCGUGGAGGUGGCUCUUACGAGCUCUACUACCAAAAUGCGACCACUUUCUUUUUCGUGAGUCCACCUCCGCCGCUCCGCUGGCCGCUGCUCUUCUCUGCGCCGAGGAUCGUUCUCAAGCUGACGGCUCCCGAAGCUCCUCAUGAUCUCGGCUUGCGCAGCUCCAAGGAGAAAAUAUCUGGCUCCACGGUAAUCCGGCCUCGAACCCGGGGAAGUCAGCCACUCAUCGGCAACGGUCAGGUCAGGAAGAUCUUCCUAAGCAACGUCGACCUGAGAACCCCGAGCUGACCCGUGCGCCGCCUUGUCCAGAAAUGGUGGGACAAGUUUGCCAAGGACAAGAAGGCGGGUAACCCUCAUGGUAUCGAAAGUAUGGAGUACGCCCGCCCGAUCAUGUUUACGAUCGGCCACUCCAACAACGUCAAGGUCGAGAACAUCAACUUUCUGGAUGGGCCGUUCUGGAACAUCUUCGUCACUAACUCGGAGCUCGUAACAAUGACAAACAUCAACAUCGCCGCCGUGUCGAACUCCGACUCCCUACCCUACAACAGUGACGGAGUAGACAUCUACUACUCGACGAACGUGACUUUGCUGGACUUCAACGUCAACAACGCCGACGACUGUGUUUCUCUGAAGCCCUACUCGAUCAAUGUCGAGGUCGGUCGCAUGACCUGCAACGGAUCCCAUGGCAUCUCAAUUGGCUCUCUCGGCCAGUACGCCGACAAAGUCGAUGUCGUGAGUCAGACUGGUGGGGUUGAUGGCUCGCCUAGCGAAUCCAGUUGAGGUCGUGCACUGAAUGGGUUGAAUAUAUUCAUCAAGUUGAGAAUGUCUACAUCCAUGACAUCUACAUGUCUAACGCCCAAGCUGGUGCUCGUAUCAAGGUUAGUCUAACCCGCGGGACAAUCAUCUGUUCGCCUCUCCACCUGACCCACUAUCCUUGUGCGUCCACCACCCCAGUCCUGGCCCAAUCGUAAUGGCACUGCCAAAGACGCCGGUGGCGGAUCGGGCUACGUCAAGAACGUCACGUUCCAAAACUUCGUGAACAGAAAUGUCGACCAACCUCUUGUGCUCACCUCUUGCUAUAUGCACACUGAGGCGUACUGCGCCCAGUUCCUCUCGAAGAUGAAGAUCUCGGACGUGCACUACAUCAACGUCACCGGAACCGCCAGUGGAAAGUACAAGGAUGUGGUGGCCCUGCUUGACUGCUCCUCGGAGUGCACCAAUAUCACUGCCAAGGGAACUCACCUGAGCUUGCCUACGUCCGAUACUCCGGUGUACAUCUGCCACAACAUUGAUUCCGAGAAGCAGGUGAGUUAGGGCAGAUGGGGUGUCCUCAUUCAAGCUGAUACUGCGCUCACCAUGCUGACGAAGUCUUCGUACUCUCCUCGUUCACAGCUCGACUUCACUUGCACCGGCUCCGCGUAA